AUGUUCGAUUUAUUUUCAUUGAAAGGCAAGACCGCCUUAUUAACAGGUGGUACUAAUGGAAUUGGGUUAGGUAUGGCUCAAGGUCUUGUAGGAGCAGAUUUAGAUCAUUUGAUUUUGACUUAUAGAUCAGAAGGUCCUUUACAGAAGACCAUUGAUAUUCUUAAACAAAUCAAUCCUAACGUUAAAAUUGAUGGAGUUUAUGCUGAUUUCUUGAAAGGUACAGAAGAAGAGUUAGUAGAGUCAAUUUAUACUCAAGCUUUAGAAAAAGCUGGGAAAAUCGAUAUUUUGAUCAAUAAUGCUGGUAUUAACUACAGAAGAGCUUUCAAAACCUACCCCCAGAAUGAGUUUGAUGAAGUCAUGAGAGUCAAUUUGAAUAUUCCGGUGAAACUUACACAAAAAGUGGUCAAUCAUAUGGAUGAUAAUGGAAUUAAAGGAAGUAUUAUCUUCACAGGCUCAUUAUGUUCAUUCCAAGGAGGUAUAGAUUCUUCAGCGUAUGCCAUUACCAAAGGAGGGAUCAAGUUAUUCACUGCAUCAGUUUCUAAUGAGUUCAGUAAGAAAGGUAUCAGAGUCAAUUGUAUUGCUCCAGGGUAUAUUUCCACCAAUAUGACCGAAGUAUUCGAUCCUGAAUUCUCUGAUGGUCUUAUCAACAGAAUUCCCAUGGGGAGAUGGGGGAAUGAAAAGGAUUUCCAAGGUCCUGCAGUAUUCCUUGCAUCUGACGCCUCAGGUUAUAUUACAGGAGAAACCUUAGUUGUAGAUGGAGGAUGGAUGAAUUUUUAG